UGUCAACACACGCUGGAUUUGAAGUUAACGUGAACAGCAGCAGGAGCACAUAUUUCUUUGUAUUACAUAUUCCAGGUUAAAUCAUUUAUAGGCAAAUGAAGGAGGGAUGUUGCGACGUCCCAAACCCACCGACUCAGAGGAAGAUCUCCUACGUGAGCAGGAACGGUUUCUGUCAUCAGGUACCUCACCAUCAGUUGUCAAUGUAGUGCGACGUCCUGACAAGCGCCGAGGCGAACAGGGGACGGGUGACCCAGGCAAAGGAGAGGACACCCAGAAAGAUGUCGUCACCAUCGAAGAUCUUCCAGAUGAAAUCCCCUCCCUGACACCUGCACCCCCGAAGAAGUCACGCUUCAAAAAAGCCCAAGUACGCUUUGAAGAUGAAGAUGCAGAGGAGAGGCUGGACAGACAUGACACACACAUCAGUGCUGUUCUCUCCAAGAUAGUCGAAAGAGACACGAGCACUGUGCCAGUAUGCCUUCCAGCUGUUACUGGCAUUGCGUUUCCAAAAGUUAUGCAUCGAUCUGAAGGCAUUAUUCAGGGCAAAAGCACUGUCCCUGGAACUAGGAAGAGCAUUUUUGCCCGUCAGAUUGCUGCACAGAGGGCCAAAGAGGGAAGACUACCAUCACAACAGACAUCAAUCUCUGUUGUUCCUAAGGCACAAUCACCCCAAAGUGUUGCAUCCACCGCCAGCAUGGAAUUAGACACACCACCUGGAAUGGGUGCAGGUGUAAAUGCCGGGCCUGCCCUAGUGUCGGGGCAGGGCCUGAUGCAGGGGGGCAGUGAUCAGGAGAGGGUGAAGAUUCACCAGGAGAACCAGGCGCGUCUGUCCGGCAUGACCCGGGAGGAGAUCCUGGAGGAGCAGAGCAAGCUGCUGGCACAGCUUGAUCCCAGGCUGGUGGACUUUGUGAGGUCUCGUAAGGUGCAGAAAAUGUCCGAUUCUGGUCCGGUGGGGCAGUCGGAUUACAAUGCUCAGAAUGGUGGGGUCAGGGAAGAGAGGACCUCAGGCGUGUCCCCUGUUUCGGUCAAGGACGUCACAGAUAUCAGGCAGGAAACAUUGCAAGUAGACAUGAAGGAUGAAGAGGAUGCAGAGGAUGCAGAGGAGCCUGAAGCAACCCAGCAAAUCACAGAGGAGGACCUGCCACUGAAGCCCCAAAAGGAUUGGGUGCACAUGGACAAACUGGAGCCGGACAAACUAGAGUGGACCAAAGACCUGCCCCGACCCAGACGAAAAGGAACGAAGAAGGCCAUGCAGGCGCGGUUCGACUUUGCUGGUAACCUCAUCCCUCCAACGGAAGACCUGCCUACACAUCUGGGCUUGCAUCACCAUGGAGACGAGCCUGAGUUGGCAGGUUACUCUUUGCAGGAGCUCUUCAUUCUCUCUCGCAGUCUGGUGAUCCAGCAGCGCACACUGGCCCUCAGCACACUAGCCAACAUCAUCACUAAGGCUCGCGCAGGGGCCUUCACCUCAGUGCUGAAGGGCAGUGUUCUGUCCACCCUGCUGGAUGCAGGGCUGCUCUUCCUGCUGCGCUUCUCGCUGGAUGACGGUGUGGAGGGGGUGAUUGCAGCCGCCGUGCAGGCCCUACACGCUCUGCUGGUGUCCACCGAUGACGAGGACAGUCGAGAUGUGACCUUCUCUUGGCUGCUGGGGAUGGCCUCCUUUCCACUCCUGCCCACCACCAUGGAGGAAGAGGAGGAUGAUGAUGAGGAAGAGGGGAUGAAUGUCAGAGAGACGGAGAAAGAGAAGGAGGAGAGGAAGUCCGACCAUGAGGUGGCGCGGCAGGACAUCAUCAAGGGCCUGUUGAAGAUGAAGGUGCUGUCACGGGUGCGCUACAUCUUGGAGGUGGUGCGUCCGUCUCCACGGGUGGUGCUGGACCUGCUGGAGGUGCUGGUGCGGAUCGCUCGCCACUCUACUGCUGUUGCCACACAGAUUCUGGACUGUCCCCGUCUGAUGGAUACCGUGAUGUCAGAGUUCCUUCCUGCCUCCUGGGCCCCGCCAACCUCACCUGCUCCACACUCUUUGUACGGGCUGCCCGUUGCCAUGGCGAUGAAGCUCCUCUGUGUGCUGGGCACAGCGGGACGGCACGUCUGUGCCAGGCUGCUGCACUCGCUGGGUGGGAAAGAGCGUUUGUCACUCUUCCUGUCAGUGGAACCAGGCGAGCUGCUGCUAGAGGCAGGAGAGGCACUUCGCUGCAGCACAGAGGCCUACAGGAUGUGGACUGUAGCCGCCAGCUAUGGACAGGCCUGCAAUUUGUACAGUGAUCUGUACCCGGUUCUGAUGAAAGCGCUGCAGUCCUUUCCUCGACCCAGUUCCUCCUCCGAUCAUCUGCUGCACCUGCUGGAGCUCCAGAGAGCCCAGGCCAUCCUGGCGCUGCUCACCCAGGUCACGCACACCGCGGGCUGCCACCAGGAACUGCAGGCCGCCCUGGCCAGUCCCCAAGGGUCUGAGUGCCCUCCUCCCCCGCCGGUGGCGUGGGGUCAUGUGGCUGGACUGCAGCCCACUGUGUUUGGUCAGCUGAAAGGCUGCAUGGAGGGCCUGGCUGGCCUGGGGAGGCUGGAGAGCUCGCUGCGUCUGCUUCCCUCUUACCUGCUCUACCUGGGGGCCUUCUAUUCACAGCUCUCCCUACAGAGCUGCUUCCAGCCGGUGGAGUGUCUGCAGGAGCUGGAGUCUCUCACCGCAGACGUGCUGCUGCCGCUGAUCUCCCAUCAGGCAGUGCACCGCAUGAUGGACAGCCUCAAGUCCCGCUCAGCUGUGUGCAACCCGUCCUCCUGCUGCCCGGGGCCGGAGACCCUGGCCUGCCUGCCGGGGCUGGCCUGCUCUGGCGACAGGAACAGAGGCGGCCUGGUGGGCCCAGGAUCCCCCUUCCCCUUCCUCACCAGCCUGUGCUACCUCCUGGACACCAUCACAGGCAUACACAAGGGCCUGGCCAAGAAGGUCAGCGUGCUGCUCCUGGCGGACCCUGUGCUGGUGUACCUGCGCGGCUGUGCCCAGGCCAUGCCCACUCUCUCCCACAGCAGCGCCUGGCUCCUCCGGCACGAGCACCACCUGCUCUACCUGCUGCUCCGCCUGGCAUACAGACUGGUACCCGUCGAUCCCGAAGUUGCCAAGCACGCCUCCCUUUUCCAUCAGGUUGCCCUGGUGAUGCUUCCGUGGCUACUACCAGGAAGUGAAUACAUGGCGCAUGAACUGAUGUCCUCCAUCGUCUUCAAUCAGGCCUUCAUACCUGAGGGCACCAGUGGAGGUCCAGAGGCAGCUGCUCUUGCUGAGCUCCAUCUCCAGGAAGGGGUCUCCUCUCCCCCCGCCAGCCCUCCUCUCGGCCCUCUCCUCCGGGACGCCUGCGGCCACCUCCCCUCCCUCCGCGGCUGCUACCUCACUCACCUGGCCCACUCCGAGCCCCUGGUCCUGGCCUCCCGCAACCUCCACCUGGGCCGCACGCCCUGGCUCCGGUCCCUCCUCCUCCCCGACCUCUCCACCGGGCCCUCCCUGCCCUCCGAUUGGCCCUUCCUGCCGCUCGUCAGCCUGUAUGAGCGCAUGGGCCAAUCGGACCGAAGCGGAGGCGGCGGCGGCAUGGACACCGAGUCUCUCCCGGCUGGCUCGCUGGCGUCGGUCGUCCACUGCCUCCAGUGGCUCCUGCUGCUGGAGAGCUGGAGGGAGGGGGCGCUGAGGGUCGUGCCCCCCGUGGCCAAGCUGGCGCGGCUGGCCUGCGUCUUCCUGGCCUCCAGUGACCUCUUCCUGGAGCCCCCCGUGCAGCGCCUCACCGGGGCCCUGUUCGGGGCGCUCACGCGUCCCCGGAGGCUGGCGGCGCUGGACCUCGAGGUGCCCCCGCCGGGCCAGGCGUCCUUCCACGACCUGUACGAGGCACUGCUGGCCCAGUACGAGGCCGUGUCGUUCGGGGACGUGCUGUUUGGCCGCUUCCUGCUGCUGCCCCUUCAGCGCCGGUACAGCGCUAUCAUGAGGCUGGCCGUGUUCGGCGAGCACGUGGGCCUGCUGCGCUCGCUCCGCGUCCCGCUGCAGAAGCUGCCUGCUCCACUGGAGAACUACACGAGUCCGCCUGAGGAGUCGGUGCCACUGCUGCGUCUCUACUUCCGGGCGCUGGUGACCUGCACGCUGCGCCGAGCCUGGUGCCCCGUGCUGUACGUGGUGGCUGUGGCCCAUGUCAACACCUUCAUCUUCUCCCAGGAGCCAGCAGCUCAGGAGGUCGAGGCGACGCGUCGCAGCCUGUUGAGAAAGACUUACUACCUGACAGAUGAGGUGUUGAGGGCCCACCUGCUCCACUACAAGCUCCCGCAGCAGCAGAGCGAGCUGGGCUUCCUCACCUACGAGCGACUGCCUCCCCUGCGGGCACGCUGGCUGGAGAAGCAGCUGGGUCUGGAGGAGGGCACCGCUGGCACUGCCGCCCUUGCCGCAGGGCAGACCAGCAGAAACCCCUGACUGAUGCCAACUGAGGCAGACUGAGACCAGAGGAGCAGACGGGCAUGAGGCUCACACCUCGGCUCUGCUGGCACCUGAUGGAGGAGACUGCAGAGGUUUCCAGUGGGGGAAAGGGGAUGGAGAGACUGCAUAGGUCUCCAUAGACCUCCGAAGUUUGCCUAUUAAAAAGGACCCAAAGCUGCCAUCAUCGCUUAUAUAACGAGAUCGGGAUCUACCUAUAUGGGCAAAGAUGGUAUCUACGUCUGCUCCCUUUUUGUAGGUGAAUAUCAGAGGUCUACUGGAGGAAUAAUAGAAUGUGU